CCCUGGGUGCGAAGAUUGAAGAUUACAUUGGUGGUUUAUUAUAGACCGAUUUUAUCAUCGCAUAUAAUUUUUCUCAAGGUUUUUUCUCCAAUUUCGGAAUUAUUUUGACGUGAAAAGUGCAACUUUUAGCCUGCUAGCCAGUUAAAUCUCGGAACGGAAGCAGAUUUUUCGAUUGGGCUGAUUGUUUUGCGUGUCGUCAGAGUAAAAGUGAGGAGAAGGAAAAAUGCAGGCUAUUAAGUGUGUAGUUGUUGGAGACGGUGCUGUCGGUAAAACCUGCUUGCUGAUCAGCUACACCACCAAUGCAUUUCCGGGCGAGUACAUUCCGACCGUGUUUGAUAAUUACUCCGCAAACGUAAUGGUCGAUGGCAAACCCAUUAACUUGGGCUUGUGGGAUACGGCUGGACAAGAAGAUUACGACCGGCUGAGACCGUUGUCUUAUCCGCAAACGGACGUCUUUCUUAUCUGCUUUUCGUUGGUAAAUCCAGCAUCAUUUGAAAAUGUGCGGGCAAAGUGGUAUCCGGAGGUGCGUCAUCAUUGUCCAAAUAUACCGAUAAUACUAGUUGGGACGAAGCUCGAUCUGAGGGACGACAAAAACACGGUUGAUAAACUGCGCGACAAGAAGCUUUCGCCCAUCACCUAUCCACAGGGUCUCGCCAUGGCCAAGGAAAUCGGAGCCGUGAAAUAUCUGGAAUGUUCAGCUUUAACUCAGAAGGGUCUCAAGACCGUGUUUGACGAGGCCAUUCGAGCCGUACUUUGUCCCAUCAUACCGGUGAAAAACAAACGUAAAUGUUCAAUUCUGUAAGCAUGCCCUCCCCUUUCGUCCCGCCAGUCCCAGAGGUUCCGAUUAUCCUUCCUUCCGCACACUAUUUUGCAGUACUGUUAAGAAUAAAAGUCUAUACAGAAGCUGUGAAUAUUAAACCAACCAGCGAAGAAAAGAGAAUCCCUCCCAAACUUGUUAUCUCUCUCGUUGUGAAAUCAAAAUAGCAAUUAGCGGCAUUUUCUUGCAUUUCAAAUAAAACAGUUUCAGUAGUUGAAAGUGCAUCUGUAAUUUGUGCAGCAAGAAGUGAUUUUGAAGUACAGUUAAAUAGAUAAAAGCAAGUGUUUCAAGUCAACUGCCAAGUCCAAAGCUGGUAAUAGUGCUGCUAAAGACCGUAAACAACAAUGUAAUAUCUACACAAAACCAUUCGGAAAGGAGUCACAGCGGAGAGAGUAGCAGAAAAAAAACCGAAAUCGAGGUUGAUUAAAUGGAAAGAUUCACCGAUUAAAACAAUGGCACACAGACACCGAAACCACACAAAUCAGAGUGAACAUAUAUAUUACUAAGUAGUUACUACACAAACCGUUACUCUAUUCUCCUGAAGAUCGACAUUUCGAAAUAGUCCUUUCUGUGACUUCCUCCCCCUCUACCUUUAGGAGGGUAGCAGAUUGUCCUCUUUUUUCCCCAAUGUUCGGGGUUCACCCCGUUAGUAAUAGAGCGUUUGGUCAAACUUAGUACCACAAUCUUUCGAAGUGGAGGAACCGAUUGUUUGCGAUAGAGAGGAGAACGAAUUGUAAGAAUAAAAAAAAUCAAAACUACCAACGAUCCGGAAUAAUACGCUAGAUUAGAGAAGCGAUUAAAGUUUAACAAAUGUUUAAGCUGUUUUUAUGUGCUUUUGAAGUAACAAAAGUAGAGCUUUAUUUUUUCGUACGUUUAUUUCUGUAGAAACUGAGCAAGUAAUCGUUUAAUUUUUCGAAACGAAAAGUAAAACAAAGAAGAUAACUUUUGGUAGAGUUUACAAACGUAAUGAGGAUACUUGUUCUUGUCUAACAUUGUAAAAUUUGAUGACACCCCAUUAGUCAUAUAUACGUUUGCCACUAGCACGGAUGCCAUAAAGUAAACGCCAUAAUGUACGUUUGCCAUAUUGUCAAACAUACAUUAUGGCAAUCAUGACAUCCGUACGUACGGCAAAUGUCCAUGUGGCUACCGUAUUUAUGGCUAUUGUCCGUUCACCGUAAAGUUUGUUUACAACACUAAUUCAUUAAUCAAACACAGCAGAAACAGAACGUUUACUAAAGAAGUGCAGCAAUGUCAAGCAGUAGCUAAGCAUAAUGAAACACACAAAACAAACGUAAAAAAUAGCAUGUAUGAUUACUGUAACGAUUAUCAUUGAUUGAAUGUCGUAAUAUGCGAUUCUGUCUUUAUGUUUAUGGCUAGCUUGCGAUAUUAAAUUCUAAAACCGAAUGUACGGCCCAUGUUUUUCAAUGCAAAUGAAAAAGUAACACAAAUUUAACGCAAAUUACAGUUAACUUUAUUUCAGUUAGUUUUUGCUAUCAUAUAAAAAAAGAUUGUGAAGAGUACCACUCUUUCAACAUUCAAGUGUAAUUUGGCCCUUAGAUGUUUUAAACGCAGUAAAAAAAGGUGUAAACUAAAAGAAAUCUGUCGUAUUAGUAACAAGAGAAGAUGGAAAAAUUUAUUGAUAUAACAUUUUUAAUGAGUAUAAAUAAUGCUAAUAUUAUUGAAUUAUUAAUAAGAAAAUAAACAGAAACUAGAGAA